GCUUAUCAAAGAAGCAGCAACAAUAUCAGGAUUUAACGUCCAGCGCAUCGUCAGUGAAACCACUGCUGCAGCCAUUGCCUAUGGCAUCGACAAGAAGGGAAUGGGAGAGCGCAACGUGCUCAUUCUCGACCUUGGUGGUGGCAGUUGCAGUGUCUCUGUUAUAACAAUGGAAGAUGGGAUUUUCGAAGUGAAGUCAUCUGCGGGUGAACAUUUUGGAGGAAUUGAUUUUGACAACCGAUUGGUCAAUCAUCUUAUCGCCGAAUUUAAGCGCAGGUAUAACCUGAAAGCAGAUCUAAGCCCUAGCGCACUUCACCGUCUUCGUCGUGCAGCAGAGGAAGCGAAGUGCAAACUUUCAUAUCAUAUUCAGGCUGCAAUUGAAAUCGACUCACUUCUUGAUGGCAAUGACUUCUACACUUUCGUCACACGUGCACGUUUCGGGGACGUGUGCGCAGACCUUUUCCGAUCUACAAUAGAUUCUGUGAAAAAAUCACUGAGAGAUGCCAAGAUCAGCAAGAGCCAAAUUCAUGACAUCGUGCUUACCGGAGGCUCCAGCCGUAUUCCGAUUAUGUGCAAGCUGCUUUCUAACUUUUUUGGAAAGGAACUUAACACGUCUUUAGAUCCUGAUGUGGCUGUCGCACAGGGUGCAGCCAUCCAAGCAGCUAUCCUUUCUGGUAACAAGUCUAAGACAAUAAGAAAUUUGCUGCUUCUGGAUGCAAUCCCUUUCUCGCUUGGCAUCGAAACCGCUGGUGGUAUAAUGAAUACAAUAGUGAAAAGGAAUUCGAAUAUACCCAUUAGGAUUAGACAAACUUUCACCACCUACGCAGACAAUCAAAUGGGGGCGCUCGUCCAGAUCUUCGAGGGGGAGCGUUUUAUGACUAAGGACAACAAUUUCCUCGGGAAACUAGAACUUGCGGAACCUGUGGUGUGA